AAGAGAUGGGGUAGGCAGAAGGCACAGUGGCCGUGGGCCUAGAGAAUGUGGGAAGCAGACGUGAGACCUACCUGAUGGUGUGUGAUGUUCCAUACUUUUCUGUGUCUGAAUAUCACAGCGACCCUGCAGUGCAGGACAGAUUGAUUCACUUUGGAGCUAUAAGUACUGAUGUAUUAGGGUGCAGCGCUCAUUGUUCAUUGACGCACAGAGUCCCAAAAUGAAUAUCCAAGAGCAGGGUUUCCCUUUGGACCUUGGAACAAGUUUCACCGAAGAUGCCCCCCGACCCCCAGUGCCUGGUGAGGAGGGUGAACUGGUGUCCACAGACCCCAGGCCUGUCAGCCACAGCUUCUGCUCCGGGAAAGGUGCCGGGGUUAAAGGUGAGACUUCAGCAGCCACUCCCAGGCGCUCGGAUCUGGACCUGGGGUACGAGCCUGAGGGCAGCGCCUCACCCACCCCACCGUACUUGAAGUGGGCCGAGUCGCUGCACUCCUUACUGGACGAUCAAGAUGGGAUAAACCUGUUUCGGACUUUCCUGAAGCAGGAGGACUGUGCUGACCUGCUGGACUUCUGGUUUGCCUGCAGCGGCUUCAGGAAACUGGAGCCCUGUGACUCAAACGAGGAGAAGAGGCUGAAGCUGGCCAAAGCUAUUUACCGCAAAUAUAUCCUUGAUAACAAUGGCAUCGUGUCCAGGCAGACGAAGCCAGCUACCAAGAGCUUCAUAAAGGACUGCAUCAUGAAGCAGCUGAUUGAUCCUGCCAUGUUUGACCAGGCCCAGACAGAAAUCCAGUCCACCAUGGAAGAGAACACCUACCCCUCUUUCCUCAAGUCUGAUAUUUAUUUGGAAUAUACGAGGACAGGCUCGGAGAGCCCGAAGCUCUGUAGUGACCAGAGCUCUGGGUCAGGGACAGGGAAGGGCAUACCUGGAUACCUGCCCACUCUGAACGAAGAUGAGGAAUGGAAGUGUGACCAAGACCAAGAUGAAGACAGUGGCAGAGACCCUGCUCCCCCUGGCAGGCUCACACAGAAGCUGCUUCUGGAGACGGCCGCCCCGCGGGCCUCCUCAAGUAGACGGUACAGCGAAGGCAGAGAAUUCAGGUGCGGGUCCUGGCGGGAGCCCGUCAACCCCUACUAUGUCAGCUCCGGCUACGCCCUCGCCCCGGCCACGAGCGCCAACGACAGUGAGCAGCAGAGCCUGUCCAGCGACGCUGACAGCCUGUCCCUCACCGACAGCAGCGUGGAUGGAAUCCCACCGUACAGGAUCCGCAAGCAGCACCGCCGGGAGAUGCAGGAGAGCGUCCAGGUCAACGGGCGGGUGCCUCUACCUCACAUUCCUCGCACUUACCGAAUGCCAAAGGAAAUCCGUGUGGAGCCCCAGAAGUUCGCCGCGGAGCUCAUCCACCGCCUGGAGGCCAUCCAGCGGACACGGGAGGCCGAGGAGAAGCUGGAGGAGCGGCUGAAACGCGUCCGGAUGGAGGAAGAAGGCGAGGAUGGUGACAUGCCCACUGGCCCCCCGGGGGCCAGUCAUAAGCUGCCUUUGGCCCCUGCCUGGCACCACUUCCCACCCCGCUAUGCAGACGUGGGCUGCAUGGGACUGCGGGACGCGCACGAGGAGAACCCCGAGAGCAUCCUGGAUGAGCACGUGCAGCGGGUCAUGAGGACGCCUGGCUGUCAGUCACCAGGGCCCGGCCACCGUUCCCCCGACAGUGUGCACGUGCCCAAGAUCGUGGGGGUGCUGGGGGGCAUGCCCUCUGGGCAUGGUAAGCACGGGCCCAAGUCAGGGACAAAGCUGGACACGGCUGGCCCGCACCUCCACAGGCAUGGCCACCACCACAGCCACCACAGUGCGGCCAGGCCCAAGGAGCAGGCGGAUGCUGAGGCUGCCCGCCGGGUGCAAGGCGGCUUCACUUGGGGCCCGGAGCUGCACGGCCACGCAGCCAAGCCCCGCGGCCACUCGGAGAGUGUGGGCGCUGCCCCCAGCGCCAGCGACAGCCUGGCCUACAGCGGGAAGGCUGGUACUGCCUCCAGGAGAAAUGCUAAGAAGGCUGAGUUGGGGAAGAGUGCCGGCACUGAGGUGCCAGGCCCGUCAGAAGACACGGAGAAGAACCAGAAGAUCAUGCAGUGGAUCAUCGAGGGGGAGAAGGAGAUCAGCAGGCACCGCAAGGCCGGCCACGGGUCUUCUGGCGCCAAGAAGCAGCAGGCCCACGAGAGCUCCAGGCCCUUGUCCAUCGAGCGUCCUGGGGCUGUGCACCCUUGGGUCAGUGCUCAGCUCCGGAACUCCGUCCAGCCCUCUCACCUCUUCAUUCAAGACCCCACCAUGCCUCCCAAUCCAGCCCCCAACCCCCUGACCCAACUGGAGGAGGCCCGCAGGCGUCUGGAGGAGGAAGAGAAGAGAGCCAGCAAGUUACCCUCAAAGCAGAGGUAUGUACAGGAGGUCAUCCAGCGGGGGCGCUGCUGCGUCAGGCCAGUGUGCACACCCGUGCUGAGCGUGGUGCCAGCCGUGUCGGACUUGGAGCUCUCCGAGACAGAGACGAAGUCCCAGCGGAAGGCGGGCAGUGGGAGUGCCCAGCCAUGUGACAGCAUUGUGGUGGCUUACUACUUCUGCGGGGAGCCCAUCCCCUACAGGACCCUGGUGCGGGGCCGCGCAGUCACCCUGGGCCAGUUCAAGGAGCUGCUGACCAAGAAAGGCAACUACAGAUACUACUUCAAGAAAGUGAGCGAUGAGUUUGACUGCGGAGUGGUGUUUGAGGAGGUUCGGGAAGAUGAGACCGUCCUGCCCGUCUUUGAGGAGAAAAUCAUUGGCAAGGUGGAGAAGGUGGACUGACGGGCGGGCCUGGCCUCUGUGCUGGGUUGGGCCUGCGUCGGGCCGGGGCGGGGGGCCGCACGCAGAGCGUCAGAGGGUCGUGCUGUGUUGUGUGCUUCACGCAGCUGCUGGGAGAAGGCCAGGUGCUGCCCGCCCUGCAGCCGGCCUCCUCUUGGGUCCAUCUGUGUGCAGAUGGGUGGGGGUACCUCUGCGUGGUCCCACAGGCCUCCACCCUGCAGCUGACAAGGAGGGUGCCCUGUCCGCUCCUCAGUGAUACUCAGAGAGUCCGCCUGAGCGGGGAGCCCGCCAUGGGGCCGCAUCAAACAUCCUCCUCUCCAGCGGUGCCCCGCUGCUGACGGCGGGCAGACGCACCCGCUCCUCGCCCUGGCGCUCACACCGCAGGCUCUGCCCCACCCUCUGGGACUUGUCCGCCACAUGGUACCCCGGUCAGGCCUAGCCUAGGCCUGGGGCGCCAGGGGCCCUGUGGGGGCCUCUGUAAAUUGUACAUGUCACCGAGUGCCUUCGACACAGCUUGUCUCUUGCCUGCCACUGUGUGGAUCCGGUGAUGGAGCCCCUUACUGCUCUCCCUCCUCCAUCCUCAUUUCCAGAGCGCUGGCUCAGCGGGUCCCGGGCCCCUCCCCUCUAAGGGCCCAUGUAAAUAUGUACAUUUCUCAGGCCAGGGCCAGUGGGGGGCUGCCCCCGCCCAUUUUUCAUGCGCUGACUUGUACAAUUAUCUUUUCAAAGGUACUUGGAUAAUAAUGAAAUAAAAUCAUUUUUGA